AUGUUUUCCCAAACCAGCUCGGCCAUGGCUCUCUUCUUAGCUCUCAACCUUCUCUUCUUCUCCAUGGCCUCUGCCUGCGGUGGUGGCUGCCCUAAUCCGAAACCUACCCCUACAACUCCGCCUACGCCUAGACCAACUCCUCCUACGCCUAAACCAACUCCUCCUAGCCCUACAACUCCUUCCACCCCUAAACCAACUCCUCUUAGCCCUACAACUCCUUCCACCCCUACAACUCCUUCCACCGGCGGCAGCGGGAAGUGCCCGAUUGAUGCACUCAAGCUGGGCGUUUGUGCCGAUGUGCUUGCCAAUCUGCUCAAUCUGAAGCUCGGGAGCCCACCGGUUCAACCUUGUUGUAGCUUGAUCAAUGGGCUCGUUGAUGUUGAAGCCGCCGUCUGCCUUUGCACCGCCAUUAAAGCCAAUAUCCUCGGGAUCAACCUCAACGUUCCAGUCUCUCUGAGCUUGCUUCUCAAUGCCUGUAACCAGAAGCUUCCAUCUGGCUUCCAAUGCCCUUAA